UUAUGCUGGUGACAUUUAGUACCAAGCUGAGAUUCUCAACAUUUUACUCUCACAUAACUACAAACAAUUUCUUCCAAAAUGAAUUUUAAAUUUAUGCCAUUUAUUUUAUUAAUCGCAUUGUUGGCAAUCGUCACGAAUGUCAAUUCACUACUCUUUGAUACUGCCAAGCCAGUUAUGGAUGCUUUAACAGGCUCUUCCACCGAGACAACACCUACUGAUGCCUCUUCCACCGAGACAACACCUAGUGAUUCUUCCACCGAGACAACAUCUACUGAUCCUCCCACCGAGACAACACCUAGUGAUCCUUCCACCUGGGAAGCACCUACUGAUUAAGUUGGCACUGCUGAAUUCCGCAAUUUCGGCUGCGUCGGUGGCUGCGGAUCGGAGACGAGUCGAAUCAUCGACCAACCACAGACGGAGCCAAAAUCGGAAUCUUUUAUUGGUUACGGACAUGAUUUAAACACAAAAAUUGGAAAUGAAUUUAUGAUUGUAUUCUUUAUCUAGAUAAAUACUAAAUAUAUACUUUAUGUGC